AUGUCUCUGCCGACCUUCCUCCACUCCGUCAGGCCCUACGGCGGCAUCUUCUCCGUCCACAUCGACCCGGACGACAUGGAGAACAAGGUCCUGGACAGGUUCGUGCGCGUCACGCACAGCAGAUACGAGAAUUCCACUCCUGCCUGGACCGUGUUCUCGGCGCAUGACCCGCAUGCCCAGUGGAAGUGGAACCUCCUGGUCAUGGAGGACGAGUACACACCGGCAUGCCCUUAUGCUCAUCCUGAUGGAGGUGAAAGUUGGCACAUGACUAGCCAGAUCUGCAUUCCGAAACGGCACUGCUGA